GCUCCGGGUCCCUCCCCCUCGCAGCGCGGCGCAGACAAUGGCGAAGCCGGCGCCCGCGGACGAGGACGCGGCGGCGCUGCGGAGGCAGCUGCGGCGGUCCCUGGCGGCCGUGGCCGCGGGCGGGGCCGCAGCGGACGUGUACGACGAGGCCGCCGCGGCGCUCGAGGCGCUGAGGGAGGCGGAGCUCGGGUCCGGCGGGAGGAAGGGCGGCGGGGAGGGGAGGCGGCCCGCUGCGGAGGGGGGAGAGGAGAAGGAGGCCGUCCCUGUGCCGCCGCAGUUCCUGUGCCCGAUCUCGUCCAGGAUCAUGACGGACCCCGUCAUCGUCGCGUCUGGGCAGACCUAUGACCGUCGAUCCAUUGAGGAGUGGUUCAGUGCAGGAAAACAAUUGUGCCCACAGACUCAGCAAGCUCUUCUGGAGACAACUCUAAUUCCUAAUCACCUUGUUCGAAGCAUGAUAUUACAGUGGUGUACAGAGAAUAAAUUUAAUCCGCCAACAGUUGAGAACCAAGAGGAAAACAAUGUUACCAACAGUGACCAAAAAACAUUUGAUGAAAUAUUCAAAAAAAUCACUUCCUCAGCAAAAAGUACUGAAAUGAGGCAAGCAAUCAAGGAUCUUCGACUGAUUACAAAGCAGAACAGCGAUUUCAGAGCUGUUUUAGGAGAGAGACCGGAUUCCAUCUCACGAAUGAUCUUUGCUCGAUCCACCCCAGGAUUGCAAAACGAUCUACAAGUUCUGGAGGACAUGGUGACUAUAAUUCUCAACUUUUCACUUCAUGACAGUAACAAGAAGGUUAUUGGACAUGAUCCAGAAGCAAUCCCUUUCCUUAUAUGGGCAUUAAAAUCGGGAGAUAUGGGGAGCCGUGGCAACUCUGCAGCUGCCAUUUUCACUCUGUCAGCACUCGACUCCAACAAGGAGAAAAUUGGGGAGCUUGGGGCCAUGGGGCCUUUGGUUGAUCUUCUCGAGAAUGGCAAUAUCAUAGCAAAGAAAGACGCAGCAUCAGCAAUUUUCAAUCUUUGUCUGCUCCACGAGAACAAGUCAAGAGCUACAAAAAAUGGGAUUGUGGAUGUGGCAAUGAGAGCCAUCGACGAUCAGUUACUUGUCGAUGGGUCCCUGGCUAUACUGGCUUUGCUAUCGAGCAACCAUGAGGUGGUGGAGAUGAUCACCGAGUUUGACGGCACUGCUUGCAUGCUCCGUGCAAUAAGGGAGAGUGAGUGCAGCCGCAGCAAAGAGAACGCGGUGGUGGUUCUCUUCGCGAUCUGCAUGUUCAACCGGACGAAGCUGAAGGAGGUCGAGGCUGAUGAGAAGGUAAACGGCUCACUGGCUUUGCUCGCUCAGAGUGGAACCUCAAGGGCGAGGAGGAAGGCUGUGGGGAUCCUUGAGAAGAUGAAGAGGAACAUGCACAACAGGCAUAGUUCCUGCUAGGAUGCGACAACAAAGUGCCAUUAAAGGAAGAAAGAGGAUCUUCAUUUGGCGUAUAGAUAUCAUAAUACAUAAGUAUAGUAGCUAUUUUCCUGUUUUAGUGUACAGGCAUUUUGAAGAUGCAGAGCUAGUUGUAAAGAUUUUUGUCUUUGUUGGAACUGUCGGCUCUUGGUCAUUUUGAACGUAAGCCGUAGCUUAUGCUCAAAAUUUUGCUUAAAUAGCAGUUGCUUCUUUUCUAAUAUAAAAUUCUUUCGGCAACAAA